GAGCUUCUGUUGGCUGCACUUCCUGAUUUGAUCUCGGAGACGUGUUUCACUUGGCUGGAAAGUGCAACACAGUCCGAAGUGAACCUUUUUUCUGGAACAUGUCGUUUUUCUAUAUUGGCCGAAGAAAUUAACUGAACUUUAUAUUUUAUUUUCCACCAUUCCGACAUGGUUCUUUUCUUACAAAUGGUUUUAUCGGACGUUACACGGAUUUUCUGUUUAUUUUGUUUACUUGUCAUUCAGUUGUGUCACCAUUCGAAAUGUAACUAUUUGAAUCAAAUAGCCGUCCACAUAGAAGGGGGUAGUCAUACAGCAGAUAGAAUAGCUUCUAAACAUGGAUUUCAUAAUAUGGGACAGAUAGGGGAUUUAAAAGACCAUUAUUUAUUUUACCAUCCUCACAUUAGUAAAAGAUCUGCAAAUCCAAGCCAUGAGCACCAUCAGCUUUUAUCUAAAGAGCCCGAGAUCAAAUGGUUUGAACAACAAAGAGCCAGGAGUCGAGUGAAGAGAGAUUUGAAUGAUUUUAAUAGUUUUAACGACCGUUUGUGGAGGUCUCAGUGGUAUCUGAAUGGGGGAGGACAUCGUGGUAACAGUGGUAACUUUGACAUGAGUGUGAAGGGGGCGUGGCAGAUGGGGUACACAGGGAAGGGGGUGGUGGUCAGUAUUCUGGACGACGGAAUCGAACGCACUCAUGAUGACUUAAAGGAAAACUAUGACCCAUAUGCCAGUUAUGAUGUGAACAACCACGACCCUGAUCCAAUACCAAGAUAUGAUCCUACCAAUGAAAACAGACACGGGACUCGGUGUGCGGGGGAGGUGGCAGCAAAAGCCAAUAACAACAAGUGUGUGGUAGGGGCGGCUUACAACUCCAGGAUUGGAGGUGUGCGUAUGUUGGAUGGCGACGUGUCAGAUGCUGUAGAGGCUGCUUCACUGAGUUUUAACAGGACACACAUUGAUAUUUAUUCUGCCUCUUGGGGGCCUGACGAUGAUGGAAGAGUUGUGGAUGGUCCUGGUCCUCUGGCUAAAAAAGCCUUCAUCACAGGAAUAGAACAGGGUCGAGGGGGUAAGGGGAACAUUUUUGUGUGGGCAUCGGGUAAUGGAGGCAGUGCUUUUGACAGCUGUAAUUGUGAUGGUUACACCAAUAGUAUUUAUACCUUGUCCAUCAGCAGCACCUCAGAGCAUGGCCGUAAACCCUGGUACCUCGAGGAGUGCUCUUCUACGCUGGCUACAACCUACAGUAGCGGGGCCUACAAUGAAAAACAAAUUAUAUCUACUGACCUACAUAACCAGUGUACCAGCAGUCACACGGGGACCUCUGCCUCUGCCCCUCUGGCUGCCGGUCUGGUGGCCCUCUUACUGGAAGCAAAUCCGACCUUGACCUGGCGAGAUGUACAGUACAUCACCCUGCUGACCUCUAACCCUGACCCUAUGGAGGACGGUAACUGGAUCACAAACGGAAAGAACAGGAAAGUGAGUUUGAGGUAUGGUUACGGUCUGAUGAAUGCUACAGCCAUGGUGGAUUAUGGACUGAGAUGGAUUAAUCUACCUCCAAAACACAUCUGUACAAUUCUCAGUAGUGCCAACCAUGUGAACUUGAUGGGAUCUCCAUACACCAAUCAAGUCAGUACAGAUGGUUGUCGAGGCACUGCUAAUGAGGUCAACUAUCUGGAACACGUUCAGGCCAAGAUAACCUUGACCUACUAUCGCCGUGGUAACCUGGUCAUCCAUUUAACAUCCCCCAGUGGUACAAGAUCCACUCUUCUCCCUAAACGCCCCUCAGAUAUGAACAAGGGAGGGUUUACUCAGUGGGCAUUCCUGUCCGUCCAUUUCUGGGAGGAGAAUCCCACGGGGACAUGGAAGUUGGAGAUUACUGAUGACCAUCCAUCUACCAGCUGGCCCAGACCUCCUCCCGGGGUCAAAGGUCAGCUUGUAUCAUGGUCUCUUAUUCUUCAUGGAACAAAGGAUAAUCCAAUUCGACUGAAGAAGCCUGGACAAGGGGAGGUGGUUACCCCACCGGAAAUGACAGGCACCACACCCCCACCAAAAUGUGAUGACGAGUGUCUCGAUACCUGUACUGGAAGUCGCCCUGAGGACUGUAAAGCCUGUAAACAUUUACGUAUGGGAGAAGCAGGUGCCUGUGUUAAGGAAUGUCCUCGUGGCUUCACAGAAAACCAGAAGAUGUGUCUGUCCUGCGACCCUAAGUGUCUAAACUGUACGUCUAAGUACGGCUACCGACCACAUUGUCAUGCCUGUCUGGACGGCUACUUCCUGUUACCUGAGGAGGGCAAGUGUUCAGUAGAGUGUCCCGAGGGAUAUUUCCAAGAGAGCCCUGAUCACCGAGUUUGUCAGAAGUGUAACAAUAUGUGUGAGAGCUGCUCAGAGAAGAAGGACAAAUGUACCAGCUGUCCACGAACUCUGACCUUGUUAUCAGACAAGUGUUACCUGCCAGAAAAUAUCUGCUCAAAAGGUUACUACAAAUUUAGAAACCAGUGUGUAAAGUGUGGAGCUGGUUGUCUACAAUGUCAGGGAGAGGACCGCUGUGUUCUGUGUGACCCGGGGAGCUAUUUUCACCAAGGUAAAUGCCUACCUGACUGUCCCAAUGGCUACCUCCCUUACGUGGUUAAAAUGGACCAGUCUACAGCUCACAUUGAAUGCCACUCUUGUCAGCAUGGUAAUUGUAACAACUGCAUUGGAGAUUUUGUAAAACGAGAGGGCACCUGCCACCAGCAAAAGUCAUGCUUCAGAGAGCAAUACUAUGACUUUAUUAAUAUGGAGUGUCGAAACUGUCACUACCGAUGUAAGACGUGUUACGGUCCUGGGUCACACGAAUGUUUGUCAUGUGAGGCUCCCCUGGCCUAUCAUUCGUAUUUACAAACCUGUGUCUCCUGCUGUAGAGACAACGAAAAGGAGGGCUCCUGUUGUAAAUGUGAUAAUAACGGCAUAUGCAUACUGCCGGUGAAAUCCUUGCAGAGUCUGUACUCAACAGGAACGCUGGUGGUCGUCUUAGUAGGACUGAUCGGGGUUCUCAUUGUCCUCGUUGUGUCGGUCAUUGUUUACAUGGCCGCUAAAAAAUCAAGCUGGUGGUCCAGGAAGAAUGAAAACGAGAAAGGUGUAUACUACAGCCCCCUACUUCAGGAGGAUUUAUAGGGAGUGGAUCCAAGUGUAGCAGGGUUUCUUACAUUGAAAAUUGUGAGCAUUUAUCAUCAGGAAAGAAGAUAUGGCAGCACAUUCCAGUUUAACACAACCUACGUAAUUGUGAGGGAUCGGGGCACUUCAUCCAGAAAUUAGUUCUAGUCAAGGGAAACAACUCUUCACGAUCAAUCCUAAAAUCAAGUGUUCAGUGGUUUUGUCACAAACUGUUCUAAAUUAUUAUUUUGAAUGUCUUUUGUAUGCCCCUGAGAAAUGAAAUCAGGGCAAUUUAUGUCUUUAGGUCUGCUUGUCUUUUUAUCCAUAGCUUCAACCUUGGUGAUAACAAUACAUAAAAAGAUACAGGUCUUUUACAAAUGAUCAGUAUUGUACAAGUCGAAUAGAAAAUUGUAAUCAAGGGAACUUUUAGGAGUCACCAACUUGUUGAAUGAUUUACACAUAAAAUAAAUUUAAUUAAAUUGCUUCCAAAGAGCAAAUCAUUUAGGAAUUUUUUUUUUUUGAUAUUUCUUUGAGAUAAAAAGUUAGAGUAUGGUUAUUGUUUUGUGUGCAAAGCUACAAGAUACAUGUAAUUUUUCUCAUGUUUGUACUAUUUUUAAUGAUUUUAAAUAUGUAUCUGCUCAACAAAUGAUAGAGGAAUUAUAUUUUUGUAGCAUUAAGAGGAUUGGCUUAAAGUCAUAAAACCACCAAUAGCGAAGAAUUGGAAUGAUUUAUUAGUCUGCUGAAUGGCUUUACUUGCAGACUGAAAUUAGCCCAAUAAGUUUAUUAUGAAAUAUCUGUGAUACUUCUGUUGAAAUAUUAAAAUAAACUGAUUUUUUAUGUACAUUGUGAUUGUGUAUGGUUUAUAAAUGAGUUUAGAACAGUAUGUCUUUCACAUUAUAGACCAAUAUCAGACUGGGUAGACCUUUGUGUGAGUGUUAUAUGUGUACAGUUUAUGACUUAAAUUUACGUAUUUUAAUGUUCAUUACAUGUAUUUGCAUUUAUGUAGUUCAUUCUUGUAAUGGUUUAUUCUUUUUUGUUUUCGGUUUAGAAUUUGUGUACAUGAGGGAGACCUAUAUGACAUUUUUAUUGCAUUAAGAAGUACUAGGUUUGUUGAAGUUUCUGAGAAUCUGAAGAACCUCCCAAUAUAUCUGUGUACUGAUGGAACAAGUCAUUAAGUUUCAUUGUGUUUAUUACUAGUUUUCUGUUUCUAUGCAUUGUUUGAAUUUGCUGCAGCAACAGAACAAAAAAUCAAAGAAUGCAGUAUCUACCCUUGUACAGCUUCCCUCCAGCAAUUUACUUUAAUUGUGGGACUUUUGUGGCUGAUCAACUUUGUUUUCCGAGGUAGAUAUUUAACUGUGCAUGGAAUUUUGUUUGUAGUAUGCAUGUGCACAUGAUAAUUAAUAGAGCAUGCCAGUAGAUUCACUCAUAGGUGCAAGUCUUGUAUAAGAAAUGAACCUACAAAAUUUUCAAAGAAUGAUGAAAGCAAAAAUAAAUGGAAAGGGAAUGGUAGAUAUAAAAGGAAAAAAAUCCUCAUAGUUCACAAGUAAAUUGUACUUUCUGAAUUGUAUGGAGAGUGUGAAGACUCAUAAUAAGGCAUUGUGGUUCUUAUUUUUCUUAUGUUUUCUAUCAUGCAUAUCUCACACUAUGAUUUUCAUUUAUAGAAAUAGCUUGUAUACAGUUGUUUGAAAAUUUUAAAAUAUAAAUUUGCUCCAGCAAAUUCUUCAUAUGAUUUUUGUGUCAUUUUACUAAACUAGAAGGAUGUUUUUUAAUUUUUAGCUUUUUAAUUUUUGGUUUUGAUUGACCAUUAGUUCUGAUUUUUCUUCCUUUUCAGCGAGGUGUUUGGUUAGAAGUCGGAUAUUUUUGGCCACACCCUGGCGUUACCUGUACCCUGGAUAUCCCGACUGAUCUCAAACUGAGGCUUUAUAUAGUCCUUGUCCUCUUUCACACUUGACUAAAUACAUGUACUUAUCUCUCAACAGAGGAUUUAAUAGAAACUUCUGACUAAAUACAUGUACUUAUCUCUCAACAUAUGCUUUAAUAGAAACUUCUGACUAAAUACAUGUACUUAUCUCUCAACAUAUGCUUUAAUAGAAACUUUGGAUACUUUUGUUUUUAGUGUAUGUUUUCUGGUGUAGAAUUUUGUUUGUGUAAUAUUUUUUUUUCAGAUUUGCAAUUCAUUAGCAACUUGAGCAUGUGCAUAGGGUUAAUACCCUCAAUGCAAAAGCUGUGAUUUUUUCUUCAGCUCAAAAUUAAAAAAAAAAGUUGAUUAAACAGAAAGUAAUGCUGGAUACCUUUUAAAGAAGGAAAACAUUUUAUAGGUAUGAUAAGUAUACAUGUAGGUAUACUUUCUCAUUUUGGAGAGUCUGUUGACAUUUGAAUGUAAGGAAUUAUAGAGUGCUAGUGUUAUAUAGAGAAAUCCAUUUUGUUAAGUUUCAUGUGCCAAGAUAUAAUGAUCCAUGUAUCGCUUGUGUAAUUCAUGGAGUAAAAUCACAUGCAAAAUUAUUAAAGGAUCGAAAUAUUUACCGAAACAUAAAAUGUAUACUUUUGUGGAAAUGUUAACCAUUAUGCUAUAUAUUAAAGGGAAAUUUAUUGUACAAAUAAUGGAUUUGUUCAUUUGCUUGUGGGAUGAUAUUCACUUUGUUUUACUGAGUUAUCCGAUUAAAAUUUUGAUGUUGUACCUAAAUCAUGCCUUUUUCACAUCACUGUCAUUUAUGUUUAAUUGCAUUAAACACUUCAAUGAUAUACAAAUCUUAAUAAAACACUCAAGCAGUA